AUGCCCAGUCAAGUUGACACGGUCGCGGGUGAUCCCAUCGUCGAUCGACCCUGGCUGAACGGCAAUGGUAUCGAUCGCGGAGCCACCGAUCUUAUCGGAGCGUCGGGUCCUCCAACUACGUGUCAAUUCGCCCCCGACGCUUCCAUUGUGCUGGUUGGCAUUCGAGGCUCUGGCAAGUCCACGUUAGGCGUUAUUGCCUGCGCUGCCAUGGAACGUAUGAUGGUUGACCUGGAAAAAGUCUUUCAGCAGUCUGUCGGCUUGACUAGCGCCGAGUUUAGGAGACUCGAGGGACCUGCCAAAUGCCAGACGGAACAGGCCAACGUUCUCAAGUCUGUGCUCGCUAACCACUCCACUGGCUGCGUGAUCAUUUGUUCCUGGCUGGAGCGAAACAUCCUGACUCUCCUCCGCGACCUACGCGCCACGAGCCCAGUUAUCCUCAUCAGUAGAGAUGCUGAGGCGGUCCAAGAGCACCUCAAAAUUCUAGACAAGGCCAAGAUGGCAAACCUUCUAAAUGCUAGCGGAGCAGUCUUUCAUACCUGUACAAAUUUUCACUUCUUCAAUGUUACCGAAAGCCCGACUCGACUCUCCACGCCCGAGCGUGAUCAAGACGACUCUAUAGCUUGCAGAUCACUAGCACCGUAUCUUACUCUGAAGCGGGCUGAAAGACACUUUCUGAAAUUCCUAUCCCUCCUUAUGCCCCUCGAGUCCAUACCUUUUAUUGAGACGGCAUUCCCACUCGCAAACAUGCCUACGGAAGCGAGAGAUUUCACGUAUGCCGUGUCCAUGCCCCUUUCCGCUCUGCUGAGCUCAGAUAUCGAGAUUGAGGAAAUCGAGACCGGCGCGGACGCAAUCGAGAUUGUCGUUGAUGAUCUCUGGCCGCAGGGGGGUAGCAACAAUAGCCCGACGUCAGAGACGCCCCAUGCCCGCAACUCCGGGAUCAGCUUCGAUCGGGCCAGAGAAAUCGCAAGAGUUGUUGGAAACAUUCGCCGCAAUACCGUGUUGCCUAUUGUCUUUCAUGUUUUAGCACCAAGGAAUGUCCACGCAGACACCGGCUGGCAGCUUCUAUAUAUGAGUGCUGUUGGCCAUGGUCUCCGACUAGCAGCGGAAUUUGUAACCGUCGAUCUGCGACUUGGGGAUGACGAUAUUUCCCGUAUCAUCUCUACCCAACAUCGGAGCAAGAUCAUAGCCAACCUUGAAUCCACCACCGGCGAAGAUUCCUGGGAGUCACCCAUCUGGAUAUCUCGGUAUCAGCGCGCCAAAAGCUUGGGAUGCGACCUCGUGCGGUUUGUACGUCCGGCUGCGAGCAUGCAGGAUAACUUUUCUGUGGACUGUCUACGCUUCUCCGUUAAGAGGCUCCGAGAUUUGCCUAUACCAGUGAUUGCCUAUAAUUCUGGUCUCCUAGGCCGGCAUUCUGCAUGCUUUAAUCCUAUUUUAACCUCAGUCGCGCCAAAACCCUCAUCAACCCUUCACACCACCGCGCGAACUCCAGACUUCCCGUGCAUUACAGCGAUAGAGGCUACCAAGGCACUGUACUCAUCCUUUGUCUUCGACCCUAUGAAGCUUUACGUCUUCGGCGUUAACGUCGAUUACAGUCUUUCGCCAGCAAUGCACAAUGCCGCCCUCGAAAGUUGCGGGAUUCCGUAUAACUAUUCCCCUUAUUCGGCAGACUCUAUCCAGAAACUUGCCCCUCUCAUUAAGGAUCCUUCCUUUGCGGGUGCGUCAGUUGGACUUCCUUUUAAGGUGGAUAUUAUUCAACUCACCGAUUCUCUCAGCCCCCAUGCCAAAGCUCUCGGGGCUGUUAACACCUUGAUUCCGGUCCGCCGCCUUAAUUCCGACGGAACCGUUCCAGACGUCAAUGUACUAAGUCGAGAGUCCAACAGAGUAGGCCCAGUUAUGGCGCUGUUCGGGGAGAAUACCGACUGGAUCGGUAUCAGAGCGUGUGUCCGUAGGGGUCUGUCGCCGGCCAACGCUGUGCGAUCCACGUCAACUGCCGUCGUAGUUGGGGCUGGAGGCAUGGCGAGGGCUGCUGUUUAUGCCUUACUUCAACUCGGCGUGAGGAAUAUCGUCAUUUACAACCGCACUCCAGAGAGAGCACACGAUCUCGUGAGUCACUUCACCACUCUGCUCAAUGAAGUUGGCCUACCUCGUCUCGGACCAGGACAUAAUAGCACCAAAAAGGCUGCGAACUUUCACGUCCUAGAGGAUAAAAAUGGGCCUUGGCCGGGUUCGUUUAAUCCGCCAACGAUGAUCCUUUCUUGCAUACCCACCCAUAACAUUGGAGAUCUACCCUCGCCUGACUUUACCGCCCCUCAGAGUUGGCUGACGAGCCCCACUGGCGGAGUGGUCAUCGAGCUGGGAUAUAAGACCCUCGACACCCCGUUAUUGGAGCAGACGAGACAACAUUCGCACAGAGGCUGGGUCGCGAUGGAUGGCCUUGACCUCCUCCCGGAACAAGGUUUUGCUCAGUUUGAACUGUUUACAGGGAGGAGGGCUCCCCGACGAUUGAUGCGGAGGGCAGCCCUUCGAGCGUAUCCCAUCCUGGAGGGCGAACCUCUCUUUCAUGAGAUACAGUCCAGGAUUAGGACCAUAGCGGAUCAGGAGCCAUAA